UUGACUUGUACGCACGUCCCAAUUGAGUCCUCGGCCAACCACGUCUUUACAUGCAGCAUCUGCCGCACGCUCGCUGAGUCUUGGGUCUUUGGUAAUCUCGAUCAUGGAGACGUCUUCGCCCCUGGCUGCCAUGCGGCCAGCGCCUCCUUCGUUCGGCCGGCGAGACCUGUUCGGAUCGCACAACGCUCACUUCACCCCGUCGUCUCUUGGCGGCGGCGGCCUAACGUUGCGGGAGCAGUUCAACUUUCACCAGACCACCGGGUACUUUAACGUUAAGACCGUUCGAGGUUCUUCACCCACGGCGUCUCUGGCGGCCGACCUGUCACAAAACUUUAAGCUCAACGACUCGAGUAGUCCCAUGUUCCCGACUCCACGCCGAGCCCUGUUCACCACAGCCGCUAUGAUGGAUGCUAUUGAGGGCCGUGGGAAGAGGGGGCCAACCCGCUGGGUCGGGUACGGAGCUCGGGGAUUUGCAGAGGACUCGGAGUAUGUGACGACGCCUCCGAUGCCCCUGUCUUCGUCACCUGGGCAUGUCGAUAUGAUGGAGAUGUCACCAUUGCCGCACAAGGCUCCGUACGUUGUUCAGGUCGAGGUGCCUUCGCCCACCCCGACGCAGUCGCCAGCCGAUGAAAUCAUGCUGGACUCUCCUCUGCCGCGACAGACUUCUCUGGAGCCGCCAAAGCCCGUUGUGGCUGAUCGGAGGAAGCUUGGCCUGCGGCGCCCAUCGUUAAAUCGUGUGAAAGGCUACAGCACGGGUGCUAUACCUGCCCGUGCGCACGCUCCUGAAAACCAGCUGCCCCCCUUUCGCUUUGGCGGGGAUAGUCAGAUUACCUCUUGCUCUCCAUCCAUGUCGUUGAGCGAGUGCUUUCAAGACUCGCCUCCUCAAGAACGCCGGCCACAGUCUGCAAACAGCCCCUGCCCUCCCAUGGCAUCUUUACGCGUGAAACCUCAAUUCGCUAGCCUGAGUGGUAUGGGAAACUCGCGCAACGGUUCGCCCAUCACCAGCCAUGCCCGACGAACCUCAAACCCCUUUAUGCGCCCUCGGAAACAGUUUCGCCGUUCGCUGAGCAUGUUUGAGAACCCGGGCGAGAUCAUGAAGCCCCAGAAGGAGGAGCCGACGCCUCCAAAAGCGCUCCAGGCCGUUAUGGACAUUGACGAGUCGGCCGAGCCGGUUCUGCCGCAUUUCUUCCCCGAGGGCAGCGACGACAACAUUCCCCGCAUUUCCCAGAGCACCAUGCUCGGUGUCUUGGACGGCAAGUACACGGAGCACUUCAGCCAGAAGAUGAUCGUUGAUUGCCGAUUUGAGUACGAGUAUGAUGGUGGUCACAUCGAUGGAGCAAUAAACUACAAUGAUAAGGAGUUGUUGGCAAGCCAUCUGUUUAACACGCCAAUGGAAGGCCGCACGCUCCUUAUUUUCCACUGCGAGUACUCGGCCCAUCGAGCGCCCAUCAUGGCUCGCCAUAUUCGAGCCCAGGAUAGGAACGCGAAUAUCGAGUGCUACCCGAAGCUUACGUAUCCCGAAGUCUACAUUUUGGAUGGCGGCUAUAGUGGUUUCUUCUCCGCCCAUCGGAAUCGGUGCCACCCUCAGGCAUAUGUCGAGAUGAACGCAGCCGAGCAUGUUAAUACCUGCGAGAGGAAAAUGGGCCGUCUGCGCCAGGGCCGCCGGGGCUUGGGCCGAGCUCAGACAUUUGCCUUCGGCUCUGGCCGGACCGUGCAAGACUCACCCACCGCGCCGGGCCGGGCCGGUUCCCGCGAUUGCGACUUCGUCGACAUGAUCGGAGCUUCUCCUAUCCUAGGCAACGAUCGCCCUGCGAGGCGCAUGGUCUCGUUUUAAACUGCGCCGAGAAUUUCUCGAAGUCUCUUUUGUUGGAUUUAAUCAUCAUUGACAGAGUCAUUCACGCCUUGCUUGUGCGUCUCUGUAAGCACUACGACUUGG